GAUCAAGAACAGUUGGACGAAGCUCAUGUGCGAUUACGUCUGGCACUACUUAGGAGUCCCGAACCUGAGGAUGAGGAAAUUGCUGAGACAUUCGAGGAAAUAGAGAACCAGUACUACGAACUACUACGAAAACAACGAGGAGGAAAUGGGAAUGCGGUCGUGGAAGACCACAAUAGUGGAAAUAGUAGUAGUAAAACAAAAACCUCAAGAUCUACUGCGUUGGGCAGUUUCAAUAUCUUGAGGGGACGGGAAGUUACAUCACGAGAAAAAGUUACACCAGACGGAGAGGAGCAGGACCACCUCUACUCAUCUUCUUCAGAAAUAGUGGAGAUGUUUGGCAGCUUAUCUCCAGUACACCAGAAUGAAGAAAGCACCCACCUUCUCCAGGAUGGCGCGAUUUUGACACCACGAGAACGAGAUUUAAAUGGACUUCAUCAGGCAGGAUUAGGAGAACAUCAAGUAGAAGAUAAAAAUGAAAA